AUGUCUACACUGCCAAGUUUCAACGAGUCUCUGCCGCAGGGUGGCAACCCGCAAGAGGUGGACGUUAACGCACAAUAUGUCGGAUACGAGUACAACUACUCAUACCUUGUAUUCUGUGGCUACAUCGUUUGGUUGAUUAUCCCAGGGCUAGGCCUCCUUUAUGGUGGCCUUGCCCGCCGGAAGUCUGCUCUCGCUCUUUUAUUCCAAUCACUCAUGGUCGGCGCCGUGACUACGUUCCAAUGGAUGUUUUGGGGUUAUUCGCUCGCGUACAGCCGAACCGCGGGCCCAUUUAUCGGUGAUCUUGCAAAUUUCGGCAUGAAGAAUGUCGUCGCAGCGCCUUCGAUUGGCAACCCUACGAUUCCCGAGAUCGUCUUCUGUCUGUAUCAGCUACUAUUCUGCGCCUGCACAGUUCAGAUCGUGGUAGGUGGCGCAUUUGAGCGCGGCAGGAUCUUACCUUCUCUCAUCUUUGGCUUCUUUUGGGCAACUGUCGUAUACUGCCCAAUCGCUUGCUGGACUUGGAAUCCCAAUGGCUGGCUCUACACUCUGCCCUCCCUCGACUUCGCUGGUGGCGGACCUGUACAUAUCUCCUCUGGGUGGUCGGCCCUGGCCUACGCUUUCGUCCUCGGUAAGCGCAAGAAGAACCCCGACGACAAACACCACGGCAAGCCUCACAACACUACGCUGGUCUUUCUCGGUACCGUGUUGAUUUGGUUCGGCUGGUUUGGCUUCAAUGGUGGUUCAGCUCUCAAUGCGUCGGUUCGCGCUAUGUACGCAGCUUUCAAUACCAACACUGCAGCCUCAACUGGUGCCAUUGGCUGGGUCAUGGUCGACAUGGCGAAACAUAAAGGCCGCUUCAGCGUUGUGGGUGCCUGCUCAGGAGCGAUUGCGGGCUUGGUGGGCAUCACACCAGCUGCUGGCUAUGUCAGUGUCUGGCUGGCUGCAGUAAUUGGAUUCCUUACUGCUGUGGUUUGCGCGCUCUGUGAAAACGUCAAUGAAUGGUUGCGCAUUGAUGAAGGGAUGGAUGUUUUCAAACUACACGGCAUUGGCGGCAUGAUGGGCUCUUUUUUGACCGGAAUCUUCGCUACGUCUGCAGUUUCCUCCCUCGAUGGUGCAACUCUUGCACCUGGUGGCAUCGACGGCAACGGCAUUCAAGUUGGCAAGCAGUUCGCCGAGAUCACUGCCAUAUCCGCAUACUCAUUCGUAGUAUCUUGUGCUCUGCUCAUGAUCUUGAAGUACAUCCCCGGUCUACACCUUCGUGUUUCUGACGAGGCUGAAGAGAAGGGGUUGGACUUGGACCAAUUCUUUGAUGAAGAGAUUGGCGACUGGGGCGUUUUCGACGAACUGGAAAAACGCCGCAUCCUAGCGGAUACCAUUGUUGGCGAAGUGGGAACCUUCGACUAA